GAACGUCGACUUCCGUGAGGAGUACAAUGUUGUCCCUCAUUCGAUUCCAGGUGUCCUCGAUAGAGCUCAGAUUGUCCCAGCACAGUCCCUGCGCUUCGUUGACCACGUCAUCACUGUUGAUGUUGUGGAAUCUUCGAGUUCCAGUUUUGGGCUUCGGGGUGUCUACUCGGUGAAAUUUGAAGAACACCG